CUGUCUAAGAACGAAUAUAAAAUCAGCACCUAAAAAAGAAAAAAUGAACAGCACAUGUAUUGAAGAACAGCAUGACUUGGAUCACUAUUUGUUUCCAAUUGUUUACAUCUUUGUGGUAAUAGUCAGCAUUCCAGCCAACAUCGGUUCUCUAUGUGUGUCUUUUCUGCAAGCAAAGAAGGAAAAUGAAUUAGGCAUUUAUCUCUUCAGUUUAUCCUUAUCGGAUCUGCUGUAUGCCUUAACUCUCCCUCUAUGGAUUGAUUAUACUUGGAAUAAAGACAACUGGACAUUCUCUCCUGCCCUGUGCAAAUGGAGUGCCUUCUUCAUGUACAUGAACUUUUACAGUAGCACAGCUUUCCUCACCUGCAUUGCGAUUGAUCGGUAUUUAGCAGUUGUCUACCCUUUGAUGUUUUCUUUUCUAAGGUCAAGAAGAUGUGCGUUCAUGGUGAGCCUUUUCAUCUGGAUAUUGGAGACCAUCUUCAAUGCUGUCCUUUUGUGGGAAGACGAAACAGCUGUUGAAUAUUGUGAUGCCACAAAGUCUAACUUUACUUUAUGCUACGACAAAUAUCCUCUGGAGAAAUGGCAAAUCAGGUUUAACUUUGCUAGGACGUGUGUAGGCUAUAUGAUACCUUUGGUCAUCAUAAUGGCUUGCAACCAGAAAGUCUACAAAGCUGUGCAGCAAAAUCAAGCCACAGAAAACAGGGAAAAGAAGAGAAUCAUAAAACUACUUGUUAGUAUCACGUUGACUUUUAUCUUGUGUUUUACUCCCUUUCAUGUGAUGUUGCUGAUUCGCAGCGUUUUAGAGCAUGAUAUGAACUUAGAUGAACAUAUGUUUGACCAUAACAAGCCUGGGAAGCAGAGUUAUAAAAUCUAUAGAAUCACAGUUGCAUUAACAAGUUUAAAUUGUGUUGCUGAUCCAAUUCUGUACUGUUUUGUAACUGAAACAGGAAGAUCGGAUAUGUGGAAUGUAUUCAGAGUCUUUACCGAGAAGCUUAAUAAAUCAAAAAGACGAGGAAAAAGCAUACUUUCUAUGUCUACAAAAGAUACUGUGGAAUUAGACAUCCUGGAAUAG